AACCAAAGCGCUCUCUCAUAUAUCUUCCACUAUUCUUCUCUUCUUCUUCUUCUUCGCGUACAGUUCAUAACUUAGCCAUGGCUUCUUCUUCUUCUUCUUCUGUAAAAUCCUUCAUUACAGCUCUAUUCCUUAUGGCUCUGACAAGCAUGAUGAUGAGUUUGAGUGUGGUUGAAGCUCGCCAUCUUCUGCAAACAACAAAGCCUUCGAUACCAAACAUGCCUGGAAUUCCAAUUAACUUGCCUAAGCCAACAGGAUUGCCACCUUUGCCUUCAAUCCCAAUAAAUAACAUUCCUCCUUUGCCAACAAAUAUCCCAAAUCUGCCAAAACCCAAUUCUCUUCCUCCUCUUCCUUCUAUGCCCACCAUUCCUAAACUGCCACAAGUCACUCUUCCUCCAUUGCCUAAACUUCCUUCUAUUCCCACUCUCCCGACUACUAUGCCUUCCAUUCCAUUCUUCUCUCCUCCUCCUUCUAAUUGAAAACACUCUAUAUAGAUUGGUUCACUUGUUGUUCACCUAGUGUUAGCUGCUUCAUGAUCUGCAGCAUGCUAGAAUAUGUACGUCUUUAGUAUUGGUUUAAAUUUGCUUUAUCUUAUUCUUCGUCUGUAUGUUUGGAAGAGUUGUAUUGUGGCUAUAUAUGUCAUUUUAUUUUCUUUUCAUUUUGUGUGAAAGUUAGAACAGUGUGUAAUAAUUUUUUUAGUAUUUCCAUGAAUUUCUAUUAUACAAUAAUGAAGUUACUGAUGUUCCUCGA